AUGCAGGCUGCUUAUCGAGUGCUAAGAUUCGAUCGUGAUUUUCGGUGGAGGACGGGAAUCCAGCUCGUGCCGAUCGAAGGCGACAGCGCGAACAACUUCCAGCUGAGGAUGGAGGACCUGAAAGCUGCCUACGAAAUGGCGAAGCUGAACAACAUUCGAGUCGAAGGGCUGCUGUUGACCAACUCGUCCAACCCACUGGGGACGAUUCUCGAUGGUGAUACCUUGAGAAGCAUCGUCGCCUUCACCAACGAGAAGAACAUCCACCUGAUCUGCGAUGAGAUCUACUCCGCCACCGUCUUAGGCAAGCCCGACUACGUCAUCAUGGCCGAUAUCGUCGACGAGGACCGGAGGAGCGGCGGCGGCAAGAACAGUCUCAACCUAAACCUGAUCCACAUAGUCUACAGCUAG